AAAUAAAUAAAAAAAACCUGCACGAGGAUAAAUACUGUUAAACGUUGAUCCCUCGCCUAGUCACCUUGAACCGCUUAAUUGGAUAAAUAAAUUUUUAUUUUAUUUAUUUUUCUAUUUGCGUUCUUUUUUUUUUCUGCCUUUCUUUCCUGUGCAAAUUCAUUUUCACAGAACAGAAACUUUCCUUUGCCAAUCGGAGAAUGCAGCUGCAAGAUACUGCAGAUACAACCACCCUUAGUUAUUGGUUGAAUUGGAGGGUCUAUCUUUGUGCACUAUGUGUUUUGCUGCCCAUGGUUGUGGCAUUUCUUGUGAUAUGGAAGCAUGAAGGUUCGAGGGACUCCAUGCAUGGGAAAGGAAAAAAUCGGCAAGAUGGCAAUGGGACUUUACCUGGUGAUGAAGCAUGGAAACCAUGCCUAAAGGAAAUUCACCCUAUUUGUUUACUAGCUUUUCGAGUUAUUGCAUUUGCUUCUCUUUUGGCAACGCUGAUUGCCAAAGUUAGUAUUAAUGGUGGCACCAUAUUUUACUAUUACACACAGUGGACUUUCACUUCGGUUACAAUUUAUUUUGCAUGUGGAUGUGUGCUGUCAGUGUAUGGGUGUUAUCAGUAUAAAACAUCAACAUUCUCCACCUCUAAUGUUAAUUUUGCUAGGAUAGAUGUAGACCAAGAACGAAACAUGCCUUUCAUGCAUCAUGAGGUUGCAAAUCUCUCUAGAAUGGAGGAUCAUGCUGAUACCCUGGUCGAAAUGCAUAGGGGUAGUGUGACAGCUACCUUGAGUUGCCUUUUUCAUGUUCUAUUCCAGAUGAAUGCAGGGGCAGUGAUGCUCACAGAUUGCGUUUAUUGGUUCAUUAUAUUUCCGUUUCUUACCCUGAAGGAUUAUGAUUGGAACUUUAUGACAGUGAAUAUGCAUACACUAAAUGUUAUCUUGCUCCUUGGGGAUACAGCUCUAAAUUGUCUGCAAGUUCCCUGGACCGGGAUGUCAUUCUUUGUGUUAUGGACAGGAGCUUUUGUCAUUUUUCAGUGGAUCAUUCAUGCUUGUGUCCCAAUUUGGUGGCCAUACCCAUUUCUUGAUUUAUCGUUGCCCCUUGCUCCAUUGUGGUAUUUGUUGGUCGGAUUGUUGCAUAUUCCAUGUUAUGGAUUAUUUGUGCUGAUUGUGGAAAUGAAACAUUAUUUCUUGUCCAAAUGGUUCCCAUCCUCUUACCAGUGCUGAAAGGAAAGAUCAACCGCUAUCUAAGUCGGGUCGCUUUAGAGCCAAUUGCUGUUUGGGUCUACUGCAAAACUAUAUCAGGGUGUGUUCUCCAGCUGCAAGAUGCUAUCCACAACUGAGUCCUUUUAACGCGCUCAUGGCCUCAUCACAUUACUGAAAUUCCGCGAAUGCAGUAAUGUGAAGCAUCCAGAAUUCAUUUCAAUUAUGCUACCGCUUAAAAAUGCUUCUUCUCCAAAGGUAAGGCAAGAUUUAUGUAGGGAGCAAGUUGAGGAUGGGGAGCUCUUCAUUUUUAUGGCAUUAUUUCCUGUUCCCCUACUAAUGACUAAUUGGGUUAUAUAAGUCCAUUAAUUAAAGGUAGAACUAGAUUUUACUAGAAAUAUUAUACUAUAGUAUAAAUGGUAAUGUUAGAAGUUGGAUGUAGCCCAAUUAUACUCAUUACAUCAUAUUUAAUAUUUAAAACCCCCUUUUGAGCUGCUUGUGAACCUUCCGGUAUUGUCAGCGUUUGUUCAAUUACUCUACUCUUGUACCCGCAAAUGCAAU